CGCGAGGAUGUGAAGAUGGCGGAGCUGCAGAUGCUGCUGGAGGAGGAGAUCCCGGGGGGGCGCCGGGCCCUGUUCGACAGCUACACCAACCUCGAGCGGGUCGCCGAGUACUGCGAGACCAACUACAUCCAGUCAACAGAUAAACAGCGGGCCCUAGAAGAAACCAAAGCUUACACAACUCAGUCUUUAGCAAGUGUAGCCUAUUUGAUCAACACCUUGGCCAACAAUGUUCUACAAAUGCUCGAUAUCCAGGCAUCCCAGCUUAGGCGCAUGGAAUCUUCAAUCAACCACAUUUCACAAACAGUUGACAUACAUAAAGAAAAAGUGGCUAGAAGAGAAAUUGGCAUCUUGACAACAAACAAAAACACCUCAAGAACUCACAAAAUCAUUGCACCAGCCAACCUGGAGCGACCAGUUCGCUAUAUUAGAAAACCUAUUGAUUAUACAAUUCUAGAUGAUAUUGGGCAUGGAGUGAAGUGGUUGCUUAGAUUUAAGGUUAGUACACAGAAUAUGAAAAUGGGUGGCCUGCCUCGUACUACGCCACCCACCCAGAAACCACCCAGCCCUCCAAUGUCAGGGAAAGGAACCAUUGGGCGUCACUCUCCCUAUCGCACACUGGAGCCAGUGCGUCCUCCAGUGGUACCAAAUGACUAUGUACCUAGCCCUACCCGUAAUAUGGCUCCCUCGCAACAGAGCCCUGUUAGAACAGCUUCUGUGAAUCAGAGGAAUCGCACUUACAGCAGCAGCGGGAGCAGUGGUGGGAGCCACCCCAGCAGCCGGAGCAGCAGUCGAGAGAACAGCGGCAGUGGGAGCGUGGGCGUGCCGAUUGCGGUCCCUACUCCCUCCCCUCCCAGUGUGUACCCAGCCCCCGCCGGCUCCGCUGGCUCUUCUCCCCUUCCUGCCGCCUCUGCCCCUGCUCCCACCCCUCUCCCUCCUGCUACUGCCCCGUCCUCCGCUGCCCCAGAUGCUGCCGCUGCUGCAGGGGCUCAGCCCCUUGCCGACGGUUUCACUUCUCCAACUCCCCCUGCUGCCUCUGCCGCGCCUUCCGCAGGUCACCCUGUUCAGUUCUACAGCAUGAACAGACCUGCAGCUCGGCACACCCCUCCAACCAUAGGGGGGUCUUUGCCAUACAGGCGUCCUCCCUCCAUCACGUCACAGAACAGCCUUCAGAACCAGGUGAACGGAGGACCGUUUUAUAGCCAGAACCCAGUCUCUCUCGCGCCACCACCGCCCUCCAUCCUCCAGGUAACUCCUCAGUUACCACUCAUGGGAUUUGUGGCCAGAGUUCAGGAAAACAUUUCAGAUACUCCUCCUCCCCCACCUCCUGCAGAUGAGCCGGUGUUUGAUGAAUCCCCACCCCCACCCCCACCCCCGGAAGAUUACGAAGAGGAGGAAGCGGCUGUAGUGGAAUACAGUGACCCCUAUGCUGAGGAAGACCCACCCUGGGCCCCAAGGAGCUAUUUGGAGAAAGUUGUGGCAAUCUAUGACUACUCUAAAGACAAGGAAGAUGAGCUCUCCUUUCAGGAAGGGGCCAUCAUCUACGUCAUAAAGAAGAACGAUGAUGGGUGGUAUGAGGGCGUCAUGAAUGGAGUGACGGGACUCUUUCCAGGGAACUACGUGGAGUCCAUCAUGCACUACUCGGAGUGAAGACCACCAUCUUGAAGGGCAGAAUGGCACUUCAGUUGGCAGGGGGGUUGUUGGUCUCCAGAGAUCUCCACCAGCACCUAGGGGAUCUGGGCAAGGGAACUGAAGGAAGGAAGGAUCAUUGUAAUAAAACCACUCUUAUUUUUGUCCCCCCUCCCAUUUUUAUAAAAUAGUGAUUUGAGUUGUUUGAAAAAAUAACUCUUCCAUUUGCCAGCCACAGCUCUGCUGAAUGAUGUAUUUCCAAAAGCUGACUGAUUCAGGUGUAGAAACAGGAGAUGUAAUGAACUUGCCAAUGAAUUGAUCCAUUGCUCAAAUUGUGACCCAUUCCGUCAAGACAUGGGAUUUUUCUCAGGAAUAAUCUAGGCCCUGGUAUUGGGACAUCCUGGAUGCCAGUGCUGAAGGAUGGGCUUUGAUAGGCCGUCUGCUCUUCCCAGUUUCCCUCUUCCUGUUCUGCUAUUCUCUGUGAAAGAGUACUAUCAUAGCGCAAACAUUCUGGGUUCAUGUUGCAGCUGGGUCUCAGACGGGUUCCUUGCAUCUCUAACCCAAACACUUCUGCAGCUGCUCGGUGAGUGCCUGAUCCAGGUAUGGGCUGAUUUUGAAUCACUGAUGUAGGAAGGUGUAGCAUCAAAGAUGACCUCUCGCUGUAUAAAUCCCUGAAUACCACAAGCUAGAGUUUUCUCAUGGGGCAAUGUUUUUGAUGGUGCAGAUUGGUUUUUAAUUCAAUUUCCAGAUUUUACUGCAUAUCACGAAGUGCUGGUGCAGGCAGAGUCACGUUUCCCAGGCUUGCUGGCUGUUCUUGUUAGGAAUCCUAAGGGCUGCCAUUUGCCAGGCUUCCUUUUCUUGGAAGGCUAAUCUGAAACCGAGGUGAGCUUAAGCUGCCUUUUCUCCAUCAGCAAAGCCGUUGAGUCUCUUGCGUGCAUUAGGCGGAAACCUGCCCGAAUGACUUCAUACAUUUUAGUUAGGCCCUGACCUGUUGAAUGCACACUCCGAUGAUGUCUUAUUAAAGCACUGGUAGUGUUUGAAAAGAGAUGCACCUGGAACAGCAGAUUUUUGUUAGCCAGACUUUAUUUUAACACUGGCUGCAGGCCAAAGUUACCAGCAAUAGUUUUGUGGAAAUAUGCCUUUAGGAGGAGGGCAGACUGUGUAUUGGCUUAGUUUGGCCUUUGUGGCUGGAUGUGUUAAAGAGAAUCUUCUUACCUUUUUUUCUUGAGCUAUGAACAAACUUUGCGGUAGUACCAAAAGUCAUUAUCUGAGUAGAUUACAGCUCUCUGCUUUUGUCAGGUUGGUCAAAGUGCCCCCAAAGGUUACAGAUGAAAACACGUAACGGCUCACUGUGCUGCUGCUCCCUUGACUAAACUGUGCAGAGUGUCUGGAAGAGUCUUGGUCGUGUGUGGCGGGGCCCUCUCUUAAGAACUGGUUCACACCAUGGUUCUGAAUGUGGCAGAGUGCACUGAGCCCAGCUUAAGCAGUUAUGCACAGGGUGCAUAGAAUGCCCAAGAAAUGCCUACAUACAGACAUCUGUAUGUAGUUUAUCUGCCACAAGAAUGGAUGAGUGGAUGGACGUGGUUAGGUAUCUGCAUCCAUGUUAUCCAUGACAGGUUGGGUGUUGUGUGGACAUGCUGACAGACUCUUUACCAGUGUGAGGAACUUACUUACUAGAGGGAGAGUAGAUAGAUUCCUGUUCCAAUGCUGAGCAUAAUUUGGCAUCCCUCUUCUGAGGUGGGGAGUGGAAGUUUCUCCUGUUGCUCUGAGCUUUGAAGCAGGCAGAGGGGUCUGAAGGGCUUGCGCUUCAGUUCAUAGCACGAUAUGAGACACACACAUGCCGUUUCCUCCCCAUAGUUCUGUGGCAUCUGCAGAAGUCUUAUUUGUGGAAAAGAAAAGCCAGGGAAGACCACCAAUGAUAGCAAGUCAGAAUGCCGUGGCCCCCCCUGCCAGUGCCUGUGAGAGCACUGGUUCAGAAGGGAGGGAAAAACCAGAGGGUGAGAGAUGGCAGCGGUCCUCUUCUGUCCUCCCAUCUCCUGCGUAUGUCCGGUAUACACGCAGGGCAGUGGCUGUGUUGGGAAGGGUUCUUACGGCUGUGGAUCCUCUCCGAGAGAGACGCCUGCUGCACAAUGGAAAGGCACUGCAACGGACAGGCUAAACAUGGGCUCCUGCUGCUCUGGGGAGACGAGCCCUCCGCCCCGGUCUGACUUCCCUGUUCUUUUUAUUUUGGCACUUUACGUCUGGUGCUGGGCUCGGCCUUCUACCAUUGACUUUUCAUGACGAUGGCUUUUUCAGUUGCCAUCUCUUCCCCCCCCCACCCCAAACAGGUUGCCUUAGCUUUGGGUUUUUCAGGUCUGAAGUCUAGUAAGACUCAGUCUAUUCAGUUAUGUUCGGUUAUCGGUUAAUCGGUUAUGACCGAUUAAAAAGCUUCUCUGAUGUUUUAGCCUCUGAAGAUGAAUAACAGUCAUACUCUGUCUGGCUCUUUGCAAGCCCCCCCCCCCCCGCCCGCCUCGUUUUCAUCCUGAGUGCAAGCACGUGCUGUGCAAGAGACGUGUUAAGCCAGGAUUCUGUGGAGCAGAAGAAGCUGAAUGCUGACAGCCUCUUCACACAAGCAGAUGGUUCGAAGAGGCCUCUAAGAUUGCAUCAGCAUUUGUAUAAAGUCUUACCAACUACAGAAUUGCAUUAUAAUGAGCUUGUUUACACUCGUUAAAAUGGGAACCUUUCCUUUAAUUGGGGGAGGGAACUCUGAAGACUACACACUACAAGGAGGGGGGAGCACGGGGCAGUUGGCCUCGAUGCCUUGCAGUGCGGUUUCUGUAGCCACUUGCCGUGCACAUCACAGGCAAAGGGCAUUUUACGAUUGGUGGCUGCCCGCUGGCAUUCUUCUUUUAUUUUAGAGUACUAAUGUUUAAAAAAAAAACUCGUUUGAGUUUUAUGCUUUUUUAAAAAUUUGUACAAUUUCAAUUCUGUAGAAUGUUUUUAGGGACGAUGCUAUCUAUGUACAAGGCCCCAAGUAAUCUGGCUGUGUGUAUGUAAUGCCACUUAAACUGCAUGCUGUUUCAAGUCAGUGCGGCUGUUAUUCUCUCAGUUGUAAUUUCACCCAAGUCCACCUUUUUAAUUUAACGUUUACUUUUUUCAGACGGGGUAGGGAUGGGGUGGGGGAGGAAAGGGAGGGGCUGGGAGGCUGGAAAUGAAGGAGGAUUCUCUCCUGCUGUCGUAUGGAAAUAUUUUGAUUGUAUCUUGUAGGAGAAGUACAAGAACUUAAUUUAUGGCCUAACAUCAAAAUUAUUAAGUGAUUGUUCCUUCAUCAAACCACUUUAAUUACUUUUGGCCCUAUUACAAAUUCACCACUGUUAAUCCCCUCCCCUCCCAGCUGCUGUAGAAGAGCAGAAGUCUUUCCUCCGAAAUCUGCCAAAAGAGCUGUCAGUCUAGAGUAGGAAGGUGGUUUCUGGUGCCUUCUUUGCUUCAGGCCUGUGUGCUACCUACUAUGAUUUCUAAGAGCUGUUUUUGCCCUACUCUUGAAUAAGUUGCUGCCAUUUCCCCACUUUCCCCCCAUCUCAUAACUUGCACACACCAUUUCAAGGGCCCAACAGCAUAUUCCACAGGCCAUGUAAGGCUUAACUGCUGCUGCUUGGUCUGGUUUUCAGUCGGUCCAGCAACGUUUGCCGAUUCUAACGCUCCUGCUGACCCCCUGGUGCCACAGGCUCUGUGUGUUUCUGCUUCGCUUCACUGGGGCACAAAGAUUUUCUCAGUAUAAAAGAGUCACUGGCACAUUUGUUCUUUUUACAUUCUGCGGCAUUUGAAGGUGGGGGAAGACAACUCCGUGAAGAGAGAGUUUGUACUUCUAAGGAUUCAUUGUGGUGUGUGGGGCAAGUGCUGAUAGGGACACAGUUGCCUGCUCUUAAAUGUGCAUUUUGUUCCCAGCUUUGAAUCACAUCUUGAGUUCCUUUGUCUUGCAGCUAAUCUCUCUUGCAUGCGAGCAUUGGACAAAUGCAGAUCUACUGGUUAAUUCAGCAUAGUCUGAGGAUAGGUGCUCAAAGGUUGCCCGUUAGCUUGUUUUAGUAUAUGGUAAGAAACAGUUUGCUGUGUUCCAUCUUAGGCCUUCUGUUAAAGAAGCAGAGAAAAUAAUUACUCAUCUUUAACAGAGCAACUUCUUACCUAGGCCUCCUUUAUUGCAGAGAACAGCCAUUCAGUUUGGGGAGAGGCACUGCCAACCAGGAGAGCUUUCUAGAUCAAAUGUUUCUAGC